GCUGCACUGACGGAGAAACGACUGGAGCUCAGAGUGGUUUGGGCGUUUGGCGGUUGGGAACCACGCCGAGGCGUAUAGGACUUGUUUUCUAUGCUCUGAUGAAGUGAUCAGAUGGAUACCGGGCUGAGCUCAGUUUAAUUCAUCUCUCUGAAACGAUUCCGCCAAUGCCUGUACAAAAACAUGCCGCUGUUACCCGGAUGAGCUCUAUAGGCGGCGGUGUUCCGGGACUGUAGGACCCACCGACGACCACAGACACGGGAUUGGAGAAAGAAAACAAGUUAUUGGUUUUUAUUUCACUCCAAGAAGACUAUUAAAGGAUUGUAUCAAGGCCGGGGAUGAAGUGAUCCUGGCGUCAGUCGGCUUUCGUAGAGUCAGCUGCACUGCAUCCCCUGAGCCGUCAUGAUGUUCCAGCAGUAAGAGGCUGCCGUGUGGUUCCUGAUCUCACCGUCCCAUGCCAGCAGUCCCAGGCUGAGGCGCUCUCUCAGGGGCCUCUCUUGCUCCCUCAGUGCUCGGGGUCAUGGAGCACACACGGGAGAAGGAGGGCGAGCGGCAAGCUCGGAGCAGCAAGGCUGCUCAGGGCCGCAACUCUCGCCCCUCUGGUUCUGGGUCCUCUGGCGUGCUGAUGGUUGGACCAAACUUCCGUGUGGGAAAGAAGAUUGGAUGUGGAAAUUUUGGGGAGCUGAAGCUUGGUAAGAACCUCUACACCAAUGAAUAUGUGGCAAUAAAAUUGGAGCCUGUGAAGUCGAGGGCACCUCAGCUACAUUUGGAGUACCGGUUCUAUAAAACUCUGGGCAGCACAGUGGAGGGCUUGCCGCAGGUCUACUACUUUGGCCCAUGUGGGAAGUAUAAUGCAAUGGUUCUGGAGCUGCUUGGUCCCAGUCUGGAAGACUUGUUUGACCUGUGUGACCGAACAUUCUCAUUGAAAACAGUUCUCAUGAUUGCCAUUCAGCUGAUAAGUCGGAUGGAAUAUGUGCACUCAAAAAACCUCAUCUACCGGGAUGUCAAGCCAGAGAACUUCCUCAUCGGUCGUCAGGGCAGUAAAAAGGAGCACAUCAUCCACAUCAUUGACUUUGGACUGGCGAAGGAGUACAUCGACCCAGAGACGAAGAAACACAUACCUUACCGAGAACACAAGAGUCUAACUGGCACAGCGCGCUAUAUGUCCAUCAACACGCACUUGGGAAAAGAGCAAAGUCGACGAGAUGACCUAGAAGCACUCGGUCACAUGUUUAUGUACUUCCUGAGAGGAAGUCUGCCAUGGCAGGGCCUGAAGGCUGACACACUGAAAGAGCGUUACCAGAAAAUCGGAGACACCAAACGGAACACUCCCAUUGAGGUUCUCUGUGAGAACUUCCCAGAGGAGAUGGCUACAUACCUGCGCUACGUGCGGCGGUUAGACUUUUUUGAGAAGCCUGAUUACGAUUAUCUGAGGACUCUCUUCACUGAACUCUUUGAGAGGAAAGGAUAUACAUUUGACUACACGUAUGACUGGGUUGGGAGACAAAUACCAACACCAGUUGGGUCAGUUCCUGUGGAUUCAGGAGCCUCUGCCAUCACCAGAGAGACCCACACCAACAGAGAGAGACCAUCACAACAUCAGCCAUUGCGUAACCAGACGGCCAGCUCGGAGCACAGGGGAGCAUGGGAUGUGCAGCCUCUUCGGCAGACCAACCUAUCCUACCUGAGCUCGUAUCUGGCCGCUGACCGGCAUGGGGGCUCUGCACAGGUGGUCAGCUCAACCAAUGGGGAACUGAAUGCAGAUGACCCUUUAGCAGCCCACUCCAAUGCACCAAUAACAACACAAGCAGAAGUGGAAGUGGUGGAUGAGGCUAACUGCGUGAAAAUGCUCAACUUGUGGUGCUGCUGCUUCUUCAAACGUAAGAGGAAGAAGAGUUCUCCAAGGCACAAAUGAGCCGAAAUGUUCCUUAUUUUCACUGCACUGCUGAUGUGAGCCUCUCUAGGGAACGCCAUUCAUGGCUGGAACCGAAAAAGGCCAACACAUACACACAAAGGUUUAUUGCCCUAGACUCCACAGACAGGCUCCUUAAUAGUCCAGAGGCACCUGGGCAAGACUGUGUCUCCCCACUUGCACUCUUUUAUUCUGCCUUUCAUCUUGAUUUUAUUUGUUUUUAUUUAUACUUCUUGUCUUGAUGCUUUUGUGGAAGUCUGUCUGUGUGAAGAGCCAGUCGAUAGAGGACCAUCACGCUGUAUUACUCUUGCAGGGUCACAUUUCGUUUUUGGCAGGACUUCUAGUGUCCUUUUUCCACUCUAAACUUUUAAAUGGCUCGAAGGCCUGCCCUGCCUUUCUGUUUGGGCUUUUUAUUUUUCCAUUCUUCCCAUGAUCGCAUACCUUUAGACAGAAUUCAUCACCUGGUGGUACCCCUACUCCAUAGCACAAUAUGCUUACACUCCAGUGUACAGUUUUAUACUGCAGGUUCAGUGCGGUCUGAAUAUAAAUUUCAUGCACUGAUUCAACAUCAUUUUAAACCAAAAGUCAGCAAUACCAACACAUGCACAGUGGUGUCACCACAAAAUAAAGCCUCAUUCUGAAUAAUUCAGGAGCGCAGUAAGAAUAGUGUUUACCCAGCCCUCCCCCCAACACCUCAUGACAAUCACAGUUAGGGGAGUGCGUUAGAGUGGACCGAAACAUUAUCGCAUGUAAAAGUGCAAUACAUACCACAUGUCUGUAUGUAUACAUGGAUGAAAUUCUGAAGGAUUUUGGCAUAGAUGACUAACUUGUGGAAGGAUUUUGUCCUUGUCCCUGAAAGGUUGCUCCAUAUAUUAAAGUAUUUAUCCUGAAGGUAUUUGUGGCAUGUGAAAUGUUUGAUUAGAUAACCAAAAGCCAUAUUUCAUGAAACUGUAUUUAAUCGUAUUGUAGUUUGCAUGAUCUUCCCCAUGGCUUCCUACUACUACUACGUCUACAGCAGGUGUAUAAAGAGAGAACCCAAUUCAGUGCCACUCAUUUUUAGCUUGAGACUGCAUAGCGUGUUGCUAACUGCUGCAAAAUAGAAUAUUUCAACUGCUGAGUGUGCAAUAUCUUUUUCCCCGAGCACUCUCCAUUUUCACUUUCAUCUUUUGAUUGUCCCCCACAGAGGAGACCAACAGAUUGUCUUUUUUAGUGGGACUCUUUGUAUAUGAGAGUAUGAUUGUACAUUAAGGAGGAGGGACUUGCUCCGUCACAUUAUUUCUGGCAUCUGCUCUUGUGUCCUCUGCUGGCCGUACUGUGUAAUGCCUUAACAAGACUCACUUAACAGAGCUGCACUCACACCAGCCAUUUUAGCUGGGUACAGAACCCAGUCUGAUACCUGCAUCAGAUAUAAAACUCCUUAAAAUCCCUUUAGGACCAGCCCCUGUCCUAACUCUAUAGGUGUAUUUUGACUGCAGAUUAGUCAUAUCUGGCAACAGCCUAUGGAAAAUUGCAGUGAUGAAGUGUGAUUUAUUUCAGUUAUUAUUCUGGACAGAGGUAUUAGAUCUACAGAUGUCUGUGGCUAUUGUGGCUAGAAGGCCUAGGCUAGCACAUUGAUAGGGGUGAAAUCAAUAUAGGAAUGAAUGAUGCUGAAGAUCAUUACAGGCCAUGUGAAGGUGUUGGUUGUAACGAGGGGAAAGCUAAGGCUUCCUUCAAAUGUAUCAUGUUCUGUUCGGCGUCGUUUUGAACUUCUGCUUUGGUCCUCAAACUAGCUUUUGAUGUGAUUGAGUGAAUGUGAGUUUGUCCCAUGUAUGAUCUGACUUGCAGCUGCCUGUUUAUAGCAUUAACUCUGCUGCAACACUUUCCUAAUAUAACGACUCUUGAUGACUGUUUUUUUUUGUGUGGUUUUUAAUGUUUUUUCUUUUACAUGCCGUUUAAUGCUUGCUGUUGGAAAGAUGGAAUUGUCCUUUUUUUCAGAUUUUUGCCUUGAACAAAAUGAACUUUUAUUUUAUAUUUUAAUGCCUCAAAGGAACGUUGUUUUAUCAUGUGAUCUGUGCAUGUACACUGCAUAUGAGUGUAUGUGCUCACUUUAUCCAUGAUUUUGUUGAUUGUGAAUAUUUGUAUGAUUUAGUCUGUUUGGAAACACUAUGGUCUCAGUGGCACCUCCUGGUGGGGUGGAUGACAGUCUGGGCUGCAUUUACGCUUCUCUCAUAGAUUAGCCAUAUUAAAAAGUAUAAAACUGUUUAGUAUGAUGCUGAAUUGUGAGUAACUGCUGUGCAUUUAGUUGUCUUUUUUUUGUUGGGUUUUUGUUUCAUUUUAAAUUAUAAAGCUUUAAUUUGAUCACUGACUGAACCAGUCUUGAAAUGUACUUGAGUUUGAAAUGCACUUGUCGUUAUUUUACCUUGGCCUUUAUUCUCAAAGAACCCUAGAGUAGUUGAUCUACAUUCAGAUUACCUCUUUUACUCCCAGUUAAGGCAUGCUUGAAACUGAAACAUUUAGAAGCAGCCACUGUACACUGAGCUGCUUUGUGUGAAAGUGAAUGAGUGAUAAUCUCUUUCAUGACUGCAUCCUGCCCCUGAGCACUGCAUCCAACGUGCAGUGGUGAGAGGACUUUCAAACGGCCCCUUUCUGAAUUUUAGCUUUUCAGUACUCAAACAUUCAGGUAUUACUCGAUUUAUAAUUCCAUUAUUUUGUUAAUUGGCGACUUAGAACUUCUUUUAAACAGUGAAUUAGUUCUUUCUUGUCUCCUGUUUAAAUGGAUCUUUGUUGUGCUUUUGUCUUGGUCACUAAACCAGUAUCAGUUCUGGUUGUGAGACAUGCUGGUUCACAGGGGCAUUGUAAAGAAAAGAGUAGAACUUUCGGUCUGUAUUUGUGUCACAAACUGGCCCGGUUUUAUUUUUACUUCUGUUUAGUCAGGGAGAUUGCACUGAGAUGAUGUGCUCAUUUACAGACAUGCCCUGGGAAAGUGGCACCAGAAGGUGUGCUGUAGAUGUUUUCCUUUCGUUAAGCCACUGUUAUUUAUAAAGCAAAGAAACUCCUGCUUGAAUAAAGAGACCACUGUUGGAGAAACCAUCAGUCAUCAACCUUCCACUCUACUCAAAAGGUGUCAUCUGGUUCUGCAUUUACAGAUUAAACCUCAUCUGAAAUAUCUUAAAUGGACUACGUGAGAACUAAGAGCACCAUUGUGCAAAGUGAAUCAGUGCAAGUUUGGCUUGAGAUGUGAGAAAUGCAUUCCAUUGCUUCAUUUCCUGACCUCUGCUACGAUGGACGUUGAACUGAUGAAUAUGCUGAGAUCAGUCAUGUGUUUGGCUGCAGAAUAUUAUUUCUUUCCUGUUGUAAAUUCUGUAAAAUAUUUAAUUGUUUGAUGGUCUUAUGGUCACAGGUCUAUUUCAGACUUUUAGUUUUUUUUUUUUUUUUUUUGCCUUUCUGUUCUUAAAGUGUGUAAAGCAAACCUACAUAAAGCUUUGAAAGCAGUUGUCUGGUAUUGGUCUGAUUAUGUUUUCAGAGUUAAGAAGAUACAGGAAAAACCUGACGGGUUGUUUUUCCAGACACAGUUUCAGCCUUAACUUGGAUUAAAGGACUCUUUAUUUUUCACUGGAAUUUCUUUUCCAUAUAUAGUACUACUGGGCUUAAACAGAGAUUCCCACUGAAUUUUUCAGUUCUGCAUAAUGAAAUGGUUGAGAUGUAAACAAAGUCAGCCAGAGUGGUUUGCUGUGAAAUGCUUCGUUCUAGAGAAACUGAUGGGAACCAGACGUCUGAAGAGUUUCAUUACAUUUAAAAACUCCGAAGACACAAGUAUGUUCACUAGUCACUUUGGAUAGUAAAUAAAAUAAAAUAAAAUGUUUGGGUUUAGUCGUCUCCACCUCUGGUUUCUAUCACCACCACUGUGCAAAAAUGUUCCUCUACAACAAACCACUUUACAUCAGACUUAAUUCAGUCAUUAUCAAUGUAAAUAAUCAGAGACUUUGAAAAAUCAGUGGACGUUUAUCCUGUGUCUGGUAAAACGGCCCCCAAAAUGUGUUAUUAAUAAGCCUAUUAUUGUGUUAAAAUAUUGAAUGUCACUUCCAAAAUGUAUCUUUAUGCUUUAACUGUGCUUAAGGGCUCCAGUUGUGACGAACCCAUUUGUUUUUGUUUUGUAAUUUUUUUUUUCCAGAUUUUGAAUAGUUUCUGUUGCAGACAGCAGGCUGGCCUUGUGUGUAAUGGCUGCUGUUCAGAGACAACCUCGCUGAAAACUCACUUUGUAUUCCUUACACCCAAAGGGGGAAGCUCAAGUUUGGACCCUUUUUUAUGUCAAAUAAAAAAAAAGUCUCUCUUAACCUUCA